CACUCUCAAUCAUCGACUUCGCACACAGGCGAAUCCGUCGUCUGCACAACAGGAACAUUGUUCGCAGAUUAGCCCAUGUAUGGCCCGGCAUAAUGGCGUGGAUACAAUGUCCGGAUUCUCGCCCGUACGGAAAAUACCCCAGAAUAUGAUGUUACCCGACGUAUCUGCCACCUCUUAUCCAUGGACACUGCUAAGGAUAUCCUGCAACUACGAGCAAUUGGAUUUGACAAAAGGGGGAAGCACCACAGUUUCCUCGGGGUCAUUGGUUUCGGUCCUCCAUUCUCUGGUGACUUGUCGACAUAUUUGGCAAAUCUCUCAUGGUUAAUCGCACGCUACUUUUCUCUCCAGCGAAUCGUGGUAGUGAAGGAGGGGAGGCGAAGGAGGGAAGCCCGGGUGCGUUUGCUUACACCCCUUCAUUCGCCCAACAGUCACCGCCACGGUUGCUGGAGUAUCAGUCGUCGAGAAACGCAUUGCGAUCAAGUCCAUCUAAGCCUUAGUCAUCUCAAUCGUAGCGACAACUACCACUCUGCUCAGAUAUCCGACUUACGAAUUGAGUUUCCCGGGCGUUGCCUUGCAGGGCUAUUGGGUGUCGUCGAACGAGAACCAAGUAAUUUGGUGAACCACACCUUGGCCACCUGGAACACGACGAAGGGUUACAGGCGUGGAGCCUCUGCGAAAUGUCCUUAACCCCCCUGAGCUGUCUUCUGGGCUCUUUUGUUCUUUUAUUCUAAACCAGAGAUUAUCUGGUGGUCAUGGUAUGUCCACCUGCCCUGUUCCUUGUGGAAUGUCAAGUAUUUCCUGGCGAGGACCCACAAAGCAUGGGGAUGGCGUUGCCAGCACCGGUGGGUAGCUAUCGCCUUCGAUCUAUUUGGGUCGCAUAAUGAGAGUCUAGGCGUGAUAUU